UGGGCCGCGGCGGCGGCAAGGGGCUGAAAUUUCUGGAAGGUGCGGCCGGGCCGGGAGCGGGGCCUGCGGGGGUAACGGCCCCGGCGCCGCCGGCAUGAACCACAAGAGUAAGAAGCGGAUCCGGGAGGCCAAGCGCAGCGCCCGGCCUGAGCUGAAGGACUCGCUGGACUGGACCCGCCACAACUACUGCGAGACCUUCCCCCUGAGCCCCGCUGCCUGCAAGGAUAACGUGGAGAGGGCAGAUGCACUCCAGUUAACAGUGGAGGAGUUUGUGGAGCGUUAUGAAAAGCCUUACAAGCCUGUCGUCCUGCUGAACGCUCAGGUGGGCUGGUCUGCCCAAGAGAAGUGGACUCUGGAGAGGCUGAAACGCAAGUACAGGAACCAGAAGUUCAAAUGUGGGGAGGACAAUGAUGGAUAUUCUGUCAAGAUGAAGAUGAAAUACUACAUUGAGUACAUGGAGAGCACACGUGAUGACAGCCCCCUCUACAUCUUUGACAGCAGUUAUGGGGAGCAUCCCAAACGCAGGAAACUCCUGGAGGACUACAAAGUGCCCAAGUUCUUCACGGAUGAUCUCUUCCAGUAUGCAGGGGAGAAACGAAGGCCACCAUACAGAUGGUUUGUGAUGGGCCCACCUCGUUCUGGAACAGGAAUUCACAUUGAUCCCUUGGGAACUAGUGCAUGGAAUGCCUUAGUCCAGGGCCAUAAGCGUUGGUGCCUCUUCCCUACCAGCACUCCCAGAGAGCUGAUCAAAGUGACAAGAGAAGAGGGAGGGAACCAGCAGGAUGAGGCCAUCACGUGGUUCAAUGUCAUCUAUCCUAGGACACAGCUCCCCACCUGGCCCCCUGAAUUCAAACCCCUGGAGAUCUUACAGAAAGCAGGAGAGACAGUCUUUGUGCCAGGUGGCUGGUGGCACGUGGUUCUCAACCUUGACACAACCAUUGCCAUCACACAGAACUUUGCCAGCUGUACCAACUUCCCUGUGGUGUGGCACAAAACGGUGAGAGGGAGGCCCAAGUUGUCACGGAAAUGGUACAGGAUCCUGAAGCAGGAACAUCCUGACUUGGCAGCACUGGCUGAUUCAGUUGACCUGCAGGAAUCUACUGGUAUUGCUUCUGAUAGUUCUAGUGAUUCUUCCAGUUCCUCAAGCUCCAGCUCCUCAGACUCUGAUUCAGAGUGUGACACGGGCUCUGAGACAGAGGGGAUGAUGCACAGGAGGAAAAAGAGGAGAACGUGCAGCAUGAUGGGGAACGGUGACACCACUUCCCAGGACGACUGCGUGAGCAAGGAGCGCAGCUCCUCCAGGAUUAGGGAGUCUUGUGGAGGCCGCAGCUACCCCUGAGAGAUCAACAGCACCCAGAGGCAGCUGCCCGUGGAAGCGCCGUUAGCAGCCAGCCAGCUCUGUUCUGCCCCCCUUCUGCUUCUAUUUCUCACAGUCCUUAUGUUUUUGUCACUUUUCCUCGACCCUGACAUCCAUCUUCAUGAUAUUGCUGUAGAAGGUUGGCUCCUUGGUACCUUUCUAGGGGAAGGCCCUGACUCCAGGUCACUGUGCAAUGCUCUGUCCCCUCUGCGCCCCAGGGGAGUGCACUAAUAACCCAGCUCUGGGUAAGGACAUCCCAAGCUCAUGGAACUGGCAAGGAAGACAACGGUCAGCUUUUAAAGAACUCUUUUUAAAACCAGCAGGUAAAUCUAAAAACCUGUGUUGUUUUGACACUGUUCUAUGUUUACAUGUUGUCCUGUACACUUGAGGAAAGGAACACCAGCCCUUUUGGUCUACCUGAACAUCCGACGGAUCUCGCACCAGAAUUUCAGGAAGGGAAGGUGGUAGGAAUGCUCCAAACACUGAAGGAACUUCAGCAGAGGUGACCACCAACCUGAAGCAUCUUUUAUGGUCUUAAUCUCCAUGCAUCUCCAUCUAAGGUGCAACACCUUAACCAGCAGCAGUCCAUUAACUUUUGCUCCGUUACGAUGACUGGUAACAAAGAUGUACUAGCACCUUGGGAUAGGAAGCUCGAUGGCACAGGAAAAUCCUGGAGUUUCUUGCACAGCAAAAACUCUGGGGGGGGGAAAAAAGCAUUUGCCAGCAGCCACAAUCCUUCAGGUGCAGCCAUGGUGUUUAGCACUAGGCAACAACUGACAAAGUCUGACUCUGAGAUGGUAACAACAGUUGUUGAGUAAAUAAAUACCAAGCAGUUACAGGCUGUGGGCUGGCUCGGGCCAGUGUGGUUUCUUUGGCUUUUCUCUGAGGUUAUGGAUUCAGAUCAUGGAAUCGUUUUGGUUGGAAAAGACCUUUUAAGAUCAUCAGGUCCAGCUGUAAAAAUUACCUGGGACAAGGGCAAGGAGUGAUAGGAUGAAGGGGAACGGUUUCAAGCUGGAAGAGGGGAGACUGAGAUGAGAUCUUAGGGAGAAAUUCCUGGCUGUGAGGAGGGUGAGACCCUGGCCCAGGCUGCCCAAAGAAGCUGUGGCUGCCCCCUCCUUGGAAGUGUUCAAGGGCAGGUUGGAUGGGGCUUGGAGCAACCUGGUCUGGUGGGAGGUGUCCCUGCCCAUGGCAGGGGUUGAGACUGGAUGAGCUUUAUGGUCCCUCCAACCCAAACCACUGUGGAAUUCUGUUCCCCUAGCACUGCCAAGGCCACCACUAACCCAUGUCCCUUAGAACCACAUCUACACAGCUUUGAAAUCCCUCCAGGGAUGUGGAUUCCACCACUGCCCUGGGCAGCCUGUGCCAGGGCCCAACAACCCUUCUGGGGAAUAAAUUGUUCCCUAGAUCCAAUCUAAACCUGCUCUGGGCAACUUGAGCCCGUUUCUCCUUGUCCUGUUGCUUGUUCCUUGGGAGAAGAGACUGACCCCCUGUGGCUCCAGUGUCCUCUCAGGCAGUUGCAGAGAGCCAGGAGGUCUCCCCUCAGCCUCUUUUUCUCCAGGCUGAACUAGAACAUGUGGUGCCAAUUUUAAAGGACUGGGAGGGGGGCAUAUGUUGGUUUAUGCUUUCUAAAAAUGCAAUGUGUUGCUUAAGUCUGUGAGAUGUGUUUGGUUUAUGCUUGUUCAUGUUUAUAUUUGAUGGUAAAGCUCUCAUCCCCAAGGGAUCUGUUGGAGCUGAUGGUUGAUUUUUUUAGCAGGGGCUUGUGCUGGUAGUGUCAAGUGAAGAGGCUGAAGUUGUUCUGCAAGGAAAUGAUCCUGUUUGUCUAUCUGAACAGCACAGUGAGAAGCUGGCUGGGUUGGGGUGCUUCCUUGUUUGCUCUCCUGGGACCCAGGAGGCCAGGAUUUGAUCUCACUGCAGCCUUUCUUUGGGAGGGAGAAGUUGAAAGCAGAAGUGAUGUGCAUGUAAGAAACCUGCAGUAAUACCCAGGCACUGGUAGCUGAAUUGAAAAGCAGAUUGGCAGCCUUAAUUGUGACUUUCUGAUCCAUGUUGGGUUUGAUGGAACCUGGGCAUUGCUUGUCUGGGUUUUCUGAUAUUUUUUGAACCUUGUGUCUUCCUAUUUAAACACUCUCUCCCUUCAGGGAGACUAGGCCAUAUCCUGUCCUACAAAGGAGUCUUAAAUGCAUUUCUCAGAUCUCCUGAAUCUUCUGUGCCAGUCAGUUUGUGUAGGAACAGCCUGGAGCUGGUGGAAAAACUGAGAAGGAAGAUUAUUGGUACACUCCUUAGCUGUCCAGAUUCCUGAAUUUCCUGAGCUAGUUGGGCACAAGGGAGCACACUUCCUCUGUACUGCUGCAGAUCCUACCACAAGAUUACUUUAUUACAAAAAAAAAAGCCAGCUGAAAACUCCUGGCAUUUCUGGCCAAGGCUGCCUUUUGCCCUGCCCAGCUGAGCAGCCUGGGAGCCUGCACAAUCUCUGUUUCUUCUCAGACAGAGCAGGCUGCAGCUGGUGCCUUUUUGGAAGAAUGUGAGGGCCUGCCUGGAGAGGCUCUGAAGUCCCAGCUGUGUCAGGAGGAGGGGAGCCCUUAGGGAGCUGCCCACUGCCCUCUUUGCCAGCCUGAUAGUUGGUGUGUCAGUGGCUCAGGCUGCAGCUUGCAGUUGCUUUUGGCACACGUGGUGCAGUUUGGCAGUCUUAACAUCUUAGAUGAGUGGGAAAGCCACAUCUCUACCACCAGGAGCACAGUGGGAAGAUACAGAGUGCAGAGUAUAUUCUUCUGUAAUGAUCAGCUCUUCCAGGGUAUGAGAUCAAGCCUUUCCAGAUGGAAGCCUGUGUUUGUUUGACAUCCCUGGUAGAACAACAGCAGGUUUGAAAUGGACUGCAGGCAUUGUGAUACCAGCAACACUGCACUGCCUGCUCCACGGGGCACUUCCUGAUAGGAACACAAGGAUCUAUCUGUUUCAGUUACCUGGGAAUCAGGACUCCUGGGAUCUCAGGUUCUUCCUUUGAGGCUCUUGCUUCAGCUGAGUUGGUGAGCUGCUGCCUGUGUUUUAGUAGGUGAGGAAAAUAGGUCUCUCAUAAGGGUGCUGUGAGGCUGAGAUGAAAACUGCAAGGUGCUCACAGGUUGCCCUCCCACAAAAAGUGUUCCAGACAUCCUGAGCAACCUGAGACUUCCUAACCUGGCAUUAGCUUUUUGUAGCAGAAAAUCUUGGGGAUGUUGUUCAGUUUGUUUGGCCACAUGGUGUUCUGUGGUUGGCCCUUCCAGGAUUGCUGUGUGGUACCCAAAUUGUAGCAUAACAAGGCUUUUUCUUUUCACCAGAGUUUUCCCUCUUGGCAUUUUAUGGCCUGCUCAGAAUGGCAUGUCCUGCUAGAUCAGGAUUUUUUUAAAAAUAGGCCUAGAUGAAAUUCUUUGUCAUCAGGGAGUCAGCUGCACUGGCCUUGCAGGAAGCAGGGGAGCUGGUGCUUCCCAGGCCCUCAUUCCAGGCCAAAUGCCUGAGGAAUAAAGUUAAAAACUGCUCCACUUGUGCCUAGCUCCGUGCCUGUGGGAGGCUGACUGGGGAGUGUGGGGUUUGUGCUCUCACUUCUCCAGGCUCGUGCCUCUUGGGGCAUUCAUGUCUCAUGUUGUGACUCCACUGCUUUUCUGUGCUGUAGAGCCCCUGGAUGUGGCAGGCUGCUGGGCUCCAGCCCCCAGACCUGGCAGGCCCCUCUUUCCCUGAGCAGCAGUGCUGCUCUGCCUCAGCCCUGUGGUGCCUGCUGGGCACCGUGUUCCCUGGGGAGGGCUUGGAGCCUGGGCUUCCCAAUUGUCCUGUGCCUAUCGGUGCCAUUGUCCUGCCUGUUCUGGUGGCAGGUACAGGGGUUUGUGAGCUCUGGCUGUGCUGAGUCUGGUAACCAAGGCAGGCUGGUCUGCUGUGACAGUUCAGGAGUGAAGGCAUCAAAGCCCCAUCAGAACUGCAGAUGUGAACACAGGGCACUCUGAUCUCAGCACCUGCUCAGGUGACAGGGGGCACUGAGGUACCUUCCCACCCUCCCCAGCCCGGGUGUGCUGCCUCCAGUUUGUCUUCUCAGCUACAUCAAGCCUCUCCAAGUGCUUUGAAGGCAGCCAGCAACCUCUUUUCAUCAUUACCAGAGACUUUUUUCCACCCUGAAUCCCUAGCCAUCCUGGGGCAGGAAGCAAGACUGUUGACUGAAGCCUGAAAUCCCUGGGGGGCUGAUUGGAAUGGGAGGUUUUUGACAUCCCCCUUGGAAAGGGGGAGAGGCAAGACCUUACUGAUUUGUUUGGCAGUCACACUGUCACCUCCAAGCCCUGCUGCUGCUGUUAGCUGCUUUUAUCACCCCAUCCAGCAGAGCUGAGAUCCUCUUGUCUUGUUUGAAUGAUGAUUGUGGGUUUGCCUUUUAUUUUAAAUAAAAUCAAUUAUUUUGCA